AUGCCGUCACCACUCAAAGAUGCUUUCGAGAGAGACGGCUUCGUCAUAGUCGACAGCCUCGUUCCAGAUGCUCAAUUUAAGGAACUCCAAGCAGCCUGUGCUCGCGUGAUCGCCAAGACUCGUUCUGGCGAAUGGCAGCAUAGACGUGUCUUGGGAAAACAAUUCCCACCUUUUGAUAGCGAUAAUCCGGAUUCCUGGGGUGUACAGCAUAUUAUGCACCCAGAUUUGAAGGAGCCUAUUUUUGCAAAGUGGUAUACAGGUGAUGAGCUUAUGGGCGCUGCUAAGUCUUUGCUGGAAUGUGGGGAUGAGCAUCUACAGAUGGAACUGUUCAAUCUCUUGAUAAACCCGCAAUCGCAUGAGUUCGCCCUUCGGUGGCAUAGAGAUGAUAUUCGCGAGAAUGCUACCGAAGAAGAAGAGGUCAAAGCACUCGCACUUUGGCAUCAUGGAGUCCAGUGGAACACUGCACUUUACGAGGAUGAUUGCUUAUACGUCGUUCCGAGAUCGCAUGCACAACCCCGUACGCCAGAGCAACGUGCUCACUCAGAAACCCUCGAUGCUCCAAAGGACCCACUGGACAUGCCCGGAGUACUUCAAGUCAAAUUGAAACACUUCUCGUCUGAACUUGGCAUCACAACCGCAGCUGGUCAGACAGUCUUUUAUAACAACAACAUCCUGCACUGUGCAAGGUAUUCUCCACACAGUCAACGAGCAACAUUGCAUGGCUGUGUCGGUGAUACCCGAGGCGGUUCGACUAGGGCACGAAACGUUCUUCAGCACGGGUUGAAGUGGAUGCAGGAGGACCGGUUUAGGGAGACAUUGCCAGAAGGACGAGCGCGGGAUAUGCUGGACAGGCUGCUUGAGAUGGAGAGUCGCGAGGGAAAUGGAAAGAUUGCGUAUUCAUUAACGCCGUUUAUGCGGCCCUCCGCCUCUCUUUUCGCAAAGUCAAGUUCGUCGAAGCAAUGGCUCGCUCGACAAGCCCGCGAUCCAUACGUGAAAGCACGAGCAGCUAGCGCCUCUCAGUACCGUGCGCGUUCUGCGUUCAAGCUCCUCGAGUUGGACAAGAAAUAUAACAUUAUUAAACGUGACAAGACGAAGGUCGUGGUUGACCUUGGUGCGGCGCCUGGAGGAUGGAGCCAGGUUGUUGCUGAUAUUCUGGGCGUAUCGAGGGCGCAGGAGACGGUAACGGAAAGGUCAAUUGCUGAAGCUGUAGAAGGCAUCCUUACGGACCGCGAUGUAGAUGCUUGGAGUACGACUGGCGAAUCGUUUUCAGAAAACUCGGGAGAACUGUCGGGAGAAAAGACUAUCAUUGCUCUCGAUUUGCUCCCUAUUUCUCCAAUACGCGGCGUUCGCACUGUACGACAAGACUUCCUUGCCGGAGGUGACGCACUUAUUGCAUCCCUUUUACCGUCACCGGAUACUAAGGCAGAUGUUAUAUUGUCUGAUAUCGCACCAAAUAUGACCGGAAACAAGACCCGAGACGAAGCUGCGUGUCUGGAGGUGUGCGAAGCCGUUUAUCGUUUUGCAGCUCGUUACCUGCGCGUCGGGGGAAGCAGCGCUUCAGAAGGUGGAAGUCUGGUUCUGAAGCACUUUGCUAAUGAAUCGACCAAGGCGUUCUAUCUUGACAGAUUAAAACCGAACUUCUAUCAUACGUACAUCGUCAAACCGGACGCAAGCCGAGAUGAAUCCAGCGAAUAUUACUUCGUCUCGAAAGGGUUCAAGGGUGAUACUAUGCACGAGGAUACUGAAUAA